CCCUGGCAGAUUCUCUUUGUACAUUUUGACACCGUUCCUGAAAGUUCUUUAAAACAUUUCCAGAGCUCAUUUGCUGCUGAGAAGUUGCUUGCUCUUUUCCUUUUUGACAUUAGUGGUGGUUGUGUGAUUGAGUUCAUAUGUUUAACUCUUGAGGCGUUUAAAGACAUUGCAUAUAUUUUGCUCUCGGACUUCGCCAAAACUUUGCCCGUGCAUGACAAUGCAUGGCAUACAACUGAGACUUUAUCAUUUGUCCAAGUAUGUUUUUAUGGUAUGUUUCUUUGCAUGUCUUGUGGAAACUCAAAGGAUACCUGAAGAAGAUCGUCCAACGAGGAUUAUUUACAUAGGAGCUGUUGAAGUUGAUUGGGAUUAUGCUCCAGAAGGAAAUUUACUUGGACCUGGAGCAGAUGAGUAUAAGGAUCUGUAUUUAUCACAAAGUUCAGAUCCUUUAAAACUUGGCAAAGUGUAUCGAAAAGCAGUACUACGAGAGUACACUGAUGAUACUUUCACAGUACAGAAACCCAGAGAGCCAUGGAUGGGUAUUCUGGGUCCCAUCCUUCAAGGAGAGGUCGGAGAUAUACUGAAUAUCGUUUUUUACAAUAUGGCUUCUCAUCCAGUAUCGAUACAUCCACAUGGUGUUAGAUAUCAGAAAAUUCACGAAGGAGCAUUGUACGAUGAUAAUACCACAGAUGCAGAGAAAAUUGAUGACCGUGUACAACCUGGUUCUCGACAUGUUUACCGUUGGUUAAUGAAUGAACACGAUGCUCCUACAGACUCCGAUCCUGACUGCUUGACAUGGAUGUACCAUUCUCACAGACACGGCGAAACAGAGCUGCAUGCUGGACUGCUUGGGCCAUUACUUGUCUGCAAAAAAGGAGCACUGACAAAUGGCCAAAUCGACCGGCGCAUUGUUUUGGUUUUUAUGAACUUUGAUGAGAACAAAAGCACAUACAUCGAUGAAAACAUUGAUCGCCACGCUCCUGCUAUGCCAGUGGAAGAAAGAGAAUCAAUUAAGAAAGAUGCAGAGUUUCGAGCUUCUAACUUGAUGCACACGAUCAAUGGUUAUGCCUUUGGAAAUCUUCCCGGUCUCGAGUUGUGUCUAAACGAAAGAGUUACUUGGCACCUUGUGGGUAUGGGCGAUGUAGUGGAUGUUCAUACGGCGAGUUUUGAAGGACAUGUUGUGCAGUGGGAAGGUCAUAAAACAGAUUCAAUAAGUCUUCUUCCAGCGAAGUUUACUACCAGCUAUAUGGUUGCGAGGAGGCCUGGAGUAUGGCCCAUUCGCUGCGAAGUUGGGUCACACGCUCACUCUGGAAUGGAGGCCUUUUUCCGUGUUCGGCAGUGCAAUAACUCAAGACCAGACGAGAAGGAAGCUCUGAAAGGAGUACUACGAGAGGUAUUCAUCGCAGCUGAAGAUGUGGAGUGGAACUAUGCUCCAUCUGGCUUCAACUUCUUGACUGGAACUAAUCUCACUGAUGACAGUUACUCUGCACCAUUUUUCGCGAAAGGACCCCAUCGAAUUGGAGGCAUCUAUCGUAAAGCAGUCUACAGAGAAUACACAGAUGCUACUUUCACCGUACAAAAACCUCGAUCCUCAGAAGAUUUGCAUUUAGCCGUUAUGGGACCUACUCUUCGAGCAGAGAUUGGAGAUGUUCUUAAAAUCACUUUCAAAAACCUUGCUUCAUUUCCUUACACGAUCGACACCCAUGGCGCUUACUAUCUAAGAAACGGUGCAGCUAAAACGAAUGAAACUCAAGUAAUAUAUUGGACAUUUCUAAAGCAAUACGGUCCAAGUGAUUUAGAUCCAGAUUGUUUGCCUUGGAGGUAUUUCUCAGACCAAGAUUUCAAGAGAGAUGCAUAUGCUGGUCUAAAUGGCAUUCUUCUCGUCUGCAGAAAAGGAAUUCUGGAUAAAAACGGAAGACAGAAAAAUGUGGAUCGGGAAUUUUCUUUGAUGUUUUCGGCCUUGGAUGAAAACGAAUCUCACUACAUUGAUGAUAGUGUUCUUGCAUACACUAGUGACCCGUAUGGUGUAGAUUUCUAUGACAGAGAUUUUCGAUUGGCUAACAGAAGAUAUUCUAUUAAUGGAAGAAUGUACGGCAACCUGGAAGGACUGAGCAUGUGCAAGGGUGAUAAAGUUGUGUGGAAUAUUAUGGGGGUAGGACGAUCUAUUGACCUGCAUACUGCUUACUUUCACGGCAAUAAUUUCUUGCAUCGAGGCAUUUACAGGGACACGGUUGCAGUUGUGCCAAGCAUCCUGUACUCAGUUUCCAUGAUAGCAGAGAAUGAAGGAGACUGGAUUAUUGAAUGCCGGACAAAUAGUCACUUAACUGGUGGCAUGCGAGCUCUGUACAGAGUAGAAGAUUGCACCAACAAACGACAAAAAAGACAAGUUUUCAAUGAUAUCAAUGAAAUUUCCAGCCAUGUGGAAUAUUAUGAUGAUAUCACAAAAAAAGACCGUGAAGCGGGAGGAAUUCCGGAAAAUUAUCGGAUUCCUCUCCCUAAUCCCAAACCAAAAUUACAGCCAGCCAGGGGAGGAAAAAUUAGAGAAUAUUUUGUGGCCGCAGUAGAUGAAGAAUGGGAAUACGCACCAAGAGACAGACAUUUAGUUGUAGGAGGUAGUUUGAUGGACAAUGAAGAAAGCAAGACGUUUGUCGAACGUGGAAAUGACCGCAUAGGAACAAGAUAUAAGAAAGCUGUCUUCAGAGAAUUUACCGAUUCCACAUUCACAACAAGGAAAUGUGAGGCUCCACAAACCCGUCAUCUUGCUGUUUUGGGUCCUAUGAUCAAAGCAGAAGUGGGAGAUCUUUUGCGGGUGACAUUCAGAAACAUGGCUUCAAGACCUUACUCUUUUCAUCCGCAUGGAAUUCUUCACAGCCAGGACAAAAAUCACAGAAAUUUAGGAUCGGACGAAGAUCCAGUUUUUCCAGGAGAUUUAAUGGUUUACGAGUGGUUGGUACCAGAAACAGCCGGACCAGGACCGAAUGGAUUCAAUUGCACACCAUGGGCUUACUAUUCGGCUGUGGAUCCUGUUAAAGAUACUAACGCUGGACUCAUUGGUCCUCUGGUGAUAUGUCGUCGAGGCAUCUUGACAGAAAGUGGUGCAAGAACUGAUGCAGAACAGGAGUUUGUAGUGCUAUACACCAUUUUUGAUGAGAACGAAAGCUGGUACUUGCAGGAAAAUAUCAUGAGAUACACAAGACAACCUUAUUCUGUCAAUCCCAAUGACAGAAAUUUUAGAACAAGUAACAGAAUGCAUGCUGUGAAUGGUCGAAUCUAUGGCACGUUAGAAGGUCUGGUGGCACGGAAUGGUACAAAAACAGCGUGGUAUCUUUUAGGGAUGGGCAGCGAAGAGGACUUACACACAGCACACUUCCAUGGCCAAACAUUCCUUAUCCGAUCCGAUACUGUCCGUAGGGGAGAUGUAGUCGACCUCUUUCCCGGAUAUUUCGAGACAGUCGAAAUGAUCAACGACAAUCCAGGAACAUGGAUUUUACAUUGCCACGUGGAUGAUCAUAUGAGAUAUGGCAUGGCAGUCACAUUCACAGUCACUGCAUGAGUUUGAAAAAUCUGAAAUAGUUAAGAAAAUGGUCCAUGAUAUAUGUGCCAUUUUGUGACGGCUGUUUAUUUAAGUUAUAUGAAAAAUAAAGUGCAUUUCAAUUUCCUA